GCUUCCCAACACGGCAUCUAUCUUUUUUGCAAGGAAGUUCUAUGAGCAGUUCGGUAAGUGCCUCAAGCUGGGCGUGCACGAGGACUCCACCAACCGCACCAAGUUGGCGGAGCUGCUGCGCUACCACACGUCCAAGUCAGGAGAUGAGCAGAUCAGCCUGAAGGAGUAUGUGGACCGCAUGAAGGAAGGCCAGAACGACAUCUAUUACAUCACCGGUGAGAGCAUCGCCGCUGUCUCUUCCUCCCCCUUCCUGGAGACCCUUCGCAAGAAGGGUAUCGAGGUGCUCUACAUGAUCGACCCCGUCGACGAGUACUCCGUGCAGCAGCUGAAGGAGUUUGACGGCAAGAAGCUGAAGAGCACUACUAAGGAGGGCCUGGACAUUGAGGACGAGGAUGAGAAGAAGAAGCUGGAGGAGAUGAAGGCGGAGUUUGAGCCUCUCACUAAGCUGAUGAAGGAGGUCCUGGGCGACAAGGUUGAGAAGGUCAUCGUUAGCUCUCGCAUGGCCGAUUCGCCUUGCGUGCUGACCACCUCCGAGUAUGGCUGGUCUGCCAACAUGGAGCGUAUCAUGAAGGCGCAGGCCCUUCGCGACAACUCCAUGACCUCGUACAUGGUGUCCAAGAAGACCAUGGAGGUGAACCCCAAGCACUCCAUCAUGGCGGAGCUUAAGAAGAAGGCUGCCGCCGACAAGUCUGACAAGACGGUGAAGGACCUGAUCUGGCUGCUCUUCGACACUUCGCUCCUCACCUCCGGCUUCAACCUGGACGAGCCGACGCAGUUCGCAGGCCGCAUCCACCGAAUGAUCAAGCUCGGCCUCAGCAUUGAUGACGAUGACGAGGGACUCGGCGAUGACGACGACCUUCCUCCGCUGGAGGAAGUCGAGGGCGCUGCCGACGAGGCUUCCAAGAUGGAAGAGGUCGACUAA